ACCGGCCAAUGGGGACGCGGAGGGAUGGAGACCAAUGAGCGCCGAGGGAGCGCGGGACACGUGGGACGGGUAGCCCAGCCUGAGACCCAGGGCUAAAGCUGCGAGACCGCAUCAUGCAGACCACCGGGGCCCUGCUCCUGUCUCCGGCGCUGAUCCGCUGUUGCACCAGGGGCCUGAUCAGGCCUGCCUCUGCCUCCUUCUUGAGUCGGCCCCAGGACCCCUCUAGACAGCCGUCCAGCAGCGCCCCCCAACUCCAGGUGGUCAGGCGGGAAUUCCAGACCAGCACGGUCUCCAGAGACAUUGACACAGCAGCCAAGUUCAUUGGCGCCGGGGCCGCCACGGUGGGUGUGGCCGGAUCUGGGGCCGGCAUCGGAACCGUGUUUGGCAGCUUGAUCAUCGGCUAUGCCAGGAACCCGUCUCUCAAGCAGCAGCUCUUCUCCUACGCCAUCCUGGGCUUUGCCCUGUCCGAGGCCAUGGGACUCUUCUGUCUGAUGGUCGCCUUCCUCAUCCUCUUCGCCAUGUGAGGUGCCCACGGGUUGCCCGCCGUCCUGGUGCUGGGCCACCAAGCUGUUCCAUUAAACCACGUUUCUCUUAAGCCA